UUGCAACUAAACGAAGAAUCAAGGAUGAAUUGCGACAUAUUCGAAACUGUAGCAUUAAAUAUACUAAAAAGCUUUGGUCCACAAUACGCUUGUAAUGCACACAAUGAGAUCUUCCAAUAUGUAUGCGAGGAUUGCAAAGGUCACGAGAACCACAAUUACUUGCAUAUCAGUAAAGUUGCAUCUAAAGGAAAGGACAUACUGCAUGUACUUUUAGAAAGUUGUCGUUUAGGUAUAAAUUGUCUUGGGAACUGCAUCAAUAAUGAAUUAGAUCAUGCACAUUUUAUUGAUGGAAACUGCGACGCAUUGAUCCAAAAUAUACGUAAUACUUUCCAUCCAAUUAUAGCGGCUAUCAUGGAGCGUGAACGCUUUCUUUUAGAUUUUGUUGAAAAAAUACGUAAGAAGCGGAUGGAGAAUCUAUAUGAACAAAUGACUGCCCUAAAGUUUGCAUUUUCUGGUUUAAUGGAUACAAAGGAUAUGUUGCAGCAUUUAGCAGCAAAUGGCCACCAGAUGGAUGACCUCAGCAUUGCUAUGAAGCUAGUAGAAGGUAAUCGACAAAUCGAAAUAUCGUCACAAUUUUCAAACAAAAACAACCGAGAAAUGAUUUUUUCAAGUUUUACGAACCACUUGCUUUCAAAAAUUUAUUAAAUGA